AAAGAGAUAAAAAGAGAGAUAAAGACAAAAACAUUGUUGGAAAGACAGUACUCAGGGGCAUCUUCUGAAAUGAGAGAAGCUGCAUAAAUAAUCAACACAACAGUGGUGUUAGAGCGUUUGGUUCCACAAUGGAGGAACUCUACCCUGAAGAUUUAACUGAGAACCUUUAUGGCGAGGGAGAAGAGGACACUGUGUCAACAUGUGCUGACUCUGAUGCUGACAAUAAAAAGAUUGGUGCAUAUGAUAAAGCGACAUGCCUUUAUGGCGAGGGAGAAGAGGACACUGCGUCAACAUGUGCUGACUCUGAUGCUGACAAUAAAAAGAUUGGUGCAUAUGAUAAAGAGACCAACCUUGAGAGCCUUUUGGAGGAUCUGGGGAUGGAGCAGUACCACAGAGAGAAGCUAUCACUAAGCCAGAUACUUGGGAUUGAUGGGAAGACAAUUACUGAUGACCCUGGUGAAUGUAAAUUAAAUGUCCCAUUGCAUUUUCUUAAGAAACUGAUGAUGGUUAAUGUGACUGCUAGGAAUGUGAGGUGUGGUGUAUCAACUGACUCAAAGGAUCCUCUGUUUGAUUCAAACUGUGAUGAUACAUCAGAGACUGCAGAGAGCAAUCUUGAUUAUCUAUUUGAGAGCCCAAAUAAGGCUGAAACGUUUAAUCCUCUUGAUAUAAUCACUGCUCUCUUCCUGUGUUCUGAUGGGUUUGUUCAUCAAGAACUGGCUCUAAAAAUGUCCAUGUGUCAGUUCUCUGUUCCUCUGCUGCUUCCUAACUGUGAUACACAGCAGUGCACCCUCAUGCUGUGGGCCAUGAGAGACAUUGUUAAGAAGUACAGACCUUCAAAUCUUUCAGAAUCAAAAGGUUUCAUAGAAGAAAGAAUAGUUCUUUCUGAACUUCCAAUGAUCUCAUUUGUGAGACUGGGUGAGUGCUCUCUGUCCAAAUCAGAGAUCCUCAAUAAACUUCUGAGUAACUCUCAGCAAUACCAUGACACCUUUGUUCACCGUGACAUGGAGAGUGGAGACAUUCAGAGAAGAAUAUCCAAUGGACUGACUGAAAUGACCUGGUACCUUCCUUGUGGAAACAAAAACAUGGACAUCUUCAGUGAACCAGUUGCUAUAGCUAACCUUCGUGGAGACAUUGCUUCACAUGAAACACAAUUUUCCUUCUUGUGUCAGACAUCUGCUGCGGUUUUUAUAUUUUGUGAUCAGUUGGAAUCUGAGUGCAAACUGCUGACAAACAAAAACCACAAAGCUCAGAUCUUUUUGGUGGGAAACCAACAAAGCAAACACUUCAGAGUUGAUUCUGUUAAAAAAUUGAUAGCCAGUCUGGCCUUGACUCAAAACAACAUUCUAAUAAAGACAAAACAAACAAAUGGUGCAGAUUUUGUUAAACUACUGAGGAAAAGAGUCGGUGAUGUGGUUAAUAACUCACAGAGUAAAAUGUCUGUAGAGCAGAUGGCUGAUGUUGCACAUGAACUGGGAAUCACAGUUGAUGAAGAUUCUCCAGAGUGCCAAGAUGGAAAGAUGAAAGCUGAUGAAAUCACUGCAGAGAUUAAAGACAUCAUGAAAUACAAAGAAGAUCAACUUCCUUUACAAGGUCAAUUGUGGAAGAAAUUUACUUGUUUGGAAAAGGAAGAAUUUCGUCUUCGAAAUGUUGGUUCUGAAGACAUAGAACAUUACAAAUGCAAACUUCAGAGAGAGAGAAAUGAGCUGAGGCAACAGCAGAGUGCUUAUUGGAUGUCUAAAGCAAUGAUUUGUUUCAUCGCUGCACUAUCCAGCCCGGAAACAGAGAGGCGCUACUUCCUGAAAUGGAUGAGAAUAAACCUUGAUAACCAGUCUCACAUAAAACUGUCUAACCUGAGGGAAAUGUACAAAAAGAAGUUCAGGGAUUCUAAAAACAAGCAGGAGAUCAAAGAUGUAGACCAACAACUUUCCAGCAGCUCACUGGGAGUUGAGCACUUCUUCCGUGAAAUGGGUCAGAUCUACGAAGCUUCUCUUUCUCUUCCAAAAACAGACCUAUCACGUCAACAACUACAACAUCUGCCCAAACUCUGUGCUCAGUUGUUGCUGGAUGGAUUUCCUCUUGAGCUUGUAGAUGGAGAUGCUUCCAACAUUCCUCUCAGAUGGGUGAGUGAUGUUCUCUCUCAGCUCAAUGACUUGGUGUCUCCAAAGAACAAGAUCCUGGUCGUCACAGUUCUUGGAGUUCAGAGCACAGGGAAGUCCACUCUCCUUAACACCAUGUUUGGAGUCCAGUUUGCAGUCAGCAGUGGUCGAUGCACUAGAGGUGCCUUCAUGCUGCUCAUCAAAGUCAAUGAAGACUUCAAGAAAGUUCUCAACUGUGACUUCAUGGUGAUCAUCGACACUGAAGGCUUAAAGUCACCAGAGCUAGCACAGCUGGACAACAGCUAUGAACAUGACAAUGAGCUGGCAACACUUGUUGUUGGUCUGAGUGACAUCACCAUUAUCAAUGUUGCAAUGGAGAAUUCAACAGAGAUGAAAGACAUCCUGCAGAUAGUGGUGCAUGCUUUCCUCAGGAUGAAGGAAGUUGGCAAAAAGCCUCAAUGUCAGUUUGUUCACCAGAACGUUUCUGAUGUUUCAGCUCAUGAGAAGAACCUGAGAGACAGGAAGCUGCUGUUAGAACAGCUGAAUGAGAUGACCCAGGCAGCAGCUAAAAUGGAGAAGAAAGAGAAGAACAAGAACUUCACUGAUGUGAUGGAGUAUAAUCCAGACACUGGGAACUGCUACAUUCCUGGACUCUGGAAUGGAAACCCACCAAUGGCUCCAGUCAAUGCAGGAUACAGUGAGACUGUCUAUGAACUCAAGAAAAACAUCAUCCAACAGCUGGGAAAGUGUGGGUCAACUUCUAAUAACAUCUUGGGGUUCAGAGAGUGGAUAACCAGCCUGUGGAACGCAGUAAAACAUGAAAACUUCAUCUUCAGCUUCAGAAACAGCCUGGUGGCUGAUGCUUACAUGAGGCUCUGCUCAGAGUAUAACAAAUGGGAGUGGGAGUUCAAAAAGGAAAUGUACACCUGGGUUAUCAAAGCAGAGACAAAAAUUUCCAAUUUUGGUUCAUUUACUGCAACAUCUGAAAUAUCUGACAUGAAGGAAUUCAUCAUUGAGCUGAAAAGUGAAGCAACCACAGAGCUGACCAAGUGGGAGACAAAGAUCCUUGAAAACCUGAAGAAAUACUUUGAGCAGCCAGAAGGUCAUGUUUAUCUGAUUGAAGGAUACAGAGAGGAUUUCUCCAACAGUAUAAAGAGUCUUCGACAAGAAACUGAAAGAUCAGUGUUCAACCAGAUCACAGCAGCAGCUGAUAUCAAGCAAAGAAUGAAAGAACUCGACAAAAUCAAGGCCACUUGUACUGAAAAAAUUAAAAAAGCAGUUUGUGAUUUAAUUGAUGAAUGUCGUAAGAAAAGAGUUGAAAUGACUGACACAGAGCUUGAUGAAAGUUUUGAUAAGAUGUGGACUGAAACACUGAACACCUUGUCUUUCCCUAAACAGCAGACUUCAGAUAUCUUCUCCAGUGUGUCCCUUGAGUUACGAACAAAUCUUUCACACAAGGGAAGCCAUGCAUGUGAACUGCUGAGUAAAAAAAGUCUAAAAGACUGUGGAAUGGAGCCUUUUACAUACAAACAUAAAGGAGUGGGUGAAAACAUCAAAACUGCUUUUAGACUAUUUUUUACCUGGACGGAUCUAAUAAGGGCAAGACAAAAGAUUGCUGACAACAUCAUAUCUGCUUGCAAUGACUGUAUUACUGAUAAAAUCAAUAGAAAAACCAAUUAUCACGAUACUUACAUCCAGGAGAUUCUUCAUAUCAUUGAUGAGAGGCUGAACAAAGCUGAUGUUGACACUGACAUUGAGUUUGAGGUGUCUCUGAAACAACACAUAUGUGGAUUUGCAGCCAGAAAGUUUCAGAAAAUUCAUGAAGAUUUUAUCCAAGAAAAUGAUCCUUACAGAUGUCUGCAGAAAAACAAGGAAAAGUUCUGCACAGACUUCAAAGAUGUGUUUCAUGAAAGAGACCAAUCCCAGAGGAAAGCUCAAGAAUUCACCAACCAAUGUCUGAAACCUGCUGUUGAAUAUUUCAUCUAUCGUUCUCUUGGUCCUGAUAUUGUUGAUAAAAUGCUGACAAGAAAAGAGUUCAGCACACGAAUGUCCUUCCAGUAUUCAAUUUUAAUGGAUCUGAUCUCAAAAAGUGACUUUGUAAGCUUUAAGAGCUACAUUUGUUCAUAUGAAGAAUAUGUAAAACUGUGGAUUUCUAGAAGAAUAAAGGAGACAUUCUCCUCUCAGUCUGCAGUCUGUGAGUUUGAAGAGAGACAUCUUAAGACCUGCAUCAACCACAUAAAUGAUGCCAUUAAAAAGGCAAAAACAGAAAACACUGACAGUCUGAGAACAUUUGCUGUCAAGAUCUGCACAGAACUUGGUGAUAAAUUGGUAAUUUCCCAGGAUGCUCUUGAUGCCUUCAUGGUUCUGAACAAUGCUGACCAGGAACAGUUUGGUCACUGGCUCAGCAAGUGUGUGCAGGAAAUGACAGAAGCUCUUGGAGAAAAGUUUAAAAACACAAACUUUGACACAAAACUCUCACACUUCCACAUAAAACCAAAGAAUGAGCUUUUUAACAGAGUGAUUGGUUGUGGCAAACAGUGUCCAUUCUGCAAAAUACCCUGUGAUGCAGGUGGAGAAGCCCACACUCAACACUUUGCUUCUCUGCAUCGUCCAGAUGGAUUAGGUCAGUACAGGUAUGAAGGCUCUGGGAAACUCACGACUGAUGUCUGCACUUCUCUUGUUAUCAGUGACAAUCGUUUUCGCUGCAGAGCCACAAAGAACGAAUUGCAUAAUUACAAACAAUAUCAAGAGAUUUACCCAGACUGGGAUAUUCGUCCAGAUGGAAGCCUUGAGGCAUCAGAUUAUUGGAAAUAUGUGAUGAAAACAUACAACAAGGAAUUUGCUAAAGCAUAUGACGCACUGCCUGCUGGCAUUCCUGAUGCUUGGAAGAGAAUCACAAAAGAACAGGCAGAGGAAAGCCUCAAGAAAUCAUUCAACACCAAGUGAAAUUAUAAUUGAACAUAAUUAUUAUUAUGUUCAAGUGAAACAUGAGUUACAAGAACUCUACAUGGUCCUUGCAUGUAGAGUAUUUUUGUCCUUUCUUGAACUCCCCCUA